AUGGCGGGCGGCGAGGAGAACGCGGCAGAAGGCAGCCCCGGGGAGCCGCUUCCCCCUCCUGAGGAGCCGCCGCAGCCCCUCGCUGAGGGGUUCCUCGAGGAGCAGCCCCGGCCCGGGGGCGAGGACGAGCAGGAGGAGGAGGGCGAGGAGGAAGAGUCGGAGCGCUCAGAGGAUCACUUGCAGGGGGUGUUGGAUGAAGACACCGCUGCUGAGGGGCUGCACACCUUCGGCCGCUCCGCCCCUGGGACUGAGUAUGUUUAUCUUCACCUGUCACUGCCAGGUCGUGGGCUGAGUGACAUCAGCAUUCUCUCUGGAUACACUCACCUGCAGAAAAUGGAGCUUUCCUCCAAUAAAAUUAAUGAUCUUUCCUGUGUCAGUCACAUGCCUUAUUUAGUAGAGCUGAAUGCUUCCAAAAACGAACUGACCACAUAUUUCAAUUUUAAAGCACCUAAAAACCUCAGGGAAGUAGAUUUUUCACACAAUCAAAUCCCAAAAAUGAAAGAUUUAUCAGAAUACCACUCACUUACCAAGCUCCUGCUGGAUUUUAAUGAGAUUGAGGAGAUCCGGGGGCUGGAGGAGUGUCACAGCCUGACCCAGCUGGGGCUGUCCCACAACAGGCUCACUGCCAUCCGGGGCCUGCACCAUCUGCCCAUCAGGGUCCUCAAUCUGAGCUUUAACCAGAUUGAGAAGGUGAAUGGGCUGAAGAACUUGAAAAACCUGCAGAGGGUGAAUCUGUCCAACAAUAAAAUAAACAGCCUGCAGGGCUUGGAGGAGCACGACCUGCUGGAGGUGAUCAAUCUGGAGGACAACCAGGUGGCUGAGCUGAGCGAGCUGAAAUGGAUUGAGGAUCUGCCUCUCCUCAGGGAUUUAAAUCUUCUAAAAAACCCUCUACAGGAACAAGGCAGUUAUUGGCUCUCAGCGAUUUUCAUGUUGCUCCAAGUCACAGAACUGGAUCUCAAAAAGGUCUCAGUGGAAGAAAAGGUGGCUGCUGUGAACAAAGAGGCGCCUCCUGCAGAGGUCGUGGCUGCUGACGAUCACAGGACUCAGCUUCUGUACCACUCUAUGCAGCCCCAGAGAGUCCUCAACAGCACUUUGCCCACCCUGGAUGAUCCCUACCCCAUGCUGGUGCUGGUGGGCCCGGUGGCCGGGGGCAGGAGGCAACUUUCGCUCAAAAUCUGCAGACAAUUCAAGACUUUCUUCAGAUUUGGGCCCUGCCACACCACCAGGAAAGCUUAUUUUGGGGAAGAAAACAGGAUGGAUUAUCAUUUCAUUUGUGAAGAGGAAUUUGACAAAAUGGUGAAAGCAGGGAGAUUUCUGGCAACCUACAAAUACAGCGGGCAGCGCUACGGCCUGGCGAGAGGCACGCUGGAAUCCAUAGCCAAGGAGGGGCUGGCCACCUGUGUCCACAUGGAAGUCGAGGGCGUCCGUAGCUUGAAGCACACGCACUUCAGACCCAGGUGCAUCCUGCUGGUCAAGGACAAAGAGAAAUACGGGGAGCACCUGAGGAGGACGGGCUUGUUCACCAGGCCGGAGAUUGAGGAGGCAGUGGGCAGGGUGGACAUGUACCUGCAGAUCAACCAGGACCGCCCUGGCUUCUUCGAUGCAGUCAUCAACACGGAUGAGCUGGAGGAGGCGCUCACAGAGCUGACUCUGAUUGUCAAGGUCUGCCUGGGCAUGGAGCCUCCCGACGUUCUGGAGAACUUGGAAGGCUUCUGGAGCAGGGCAGGUUCCAGGAAUCAGCUCAUCCCAGAGGAAAAGGCGGCUCCGUGCUACGGUGACCUCCUGCACGUUUCCACCAAGAGCUAUCCCAGAGACCUCCUGGAAAUGCUGACUGCAACCCCCGGCUCGGUGGAAGAAGCCUCUCUCCGCAGACGUUUCUCUGCCGCUCGUCAGGUGCUUCUGUCCCACAGGGCCAUGAACCCUGAGUGCGAGGCGCCGCUGCAGCAGCUGCCCCGGCCGGUGCCACCGCUGUCCUCGGGGGCCAACAGGGCCACCGCGGGGAGCAGCUUCAUGGAGCUGGGGCUGGCCUGGAGACAAGUUUUCGUCCCUCCUGAGACGGUCCUGCCCGGGCUGGAGCAGCUGCUGUGGCCGAAGCUGCCGCUGCCCCAGAGGCACCUGUCCUCCCCUGGGCUGGGCAUGCUCUGGAACGAGCUGCCCGAGAGCCCCGAGCCAGCAGAGCAGGAGGAGCCCGCCGGGUGCCCGCUGAGGAAAUGCAGCCGCGCCAGCUCCGGCUGCUCCCCCGGGCCCCGCUGCCCCUCCAGACGCCUCCUGCCUCCGAUCCUGCCCCGAUGGAGGAGCAGCAACCCCUGA